CUUAAGUUACAUUUUUAGAAGAGGCCAUCAAAAUGGCGCUGUAGUUUACAAUACUCUUAAACGAUUUAAUUUUUAUAAUCUGACACGCUUGUAAGAAUCACUCAGAUUUUUAAAGUACAUAUUUUUGUUGUUCUGGUAAAGUGAAUGCAUUAAUUUCGUGUUCAUUAAUGUAUGCUUAGUGAGAGAUGAAGGAGGCAAUACUAGCUUUUAUAACCUUCGUGUGUAGUGUAUUGUUAGUCUUUGUCUUUGUAUUGUUUUGUUGGUACAUUGUUUGGAAGUGUUGCCUGUCGAAAUUCCGUUUUGUUCGAGAGCUUCUAGGUGGCAUGUCAGAUACUCCUCCUGCUUCUGAAAUAAGACAGCCAAGAAAACUUAGAAGGGAAUAAUUUGAGCAAAAAUUUCUCAAAGAAGGUCAAAAUGAAUAUUCGGUGCGCAAGGCCUAGUGAUCUCAUGAACAUGCAACACUGCAAUUUAUUAUGUCUACCAGAGAAUUAUCAAAUGAAAUAUUAUUUCUACCAUGGUCUUUCUUGGCCACAACUCAGUUAUGUCGCUGAGGAUGAGAAGGGACGAAUUGUUGGUUAUGUUUUGGCCAAAAUGGAAGAAGAUGGAGAAGAUAAUCGUCAUGGACACAUUACCUCACUUGCUGUGAAGCGUUCACAUCGUCGUCUUGGACUUGCACAAAAACUUAUGAAUCAAGCCUCUUUAGCAAUGGUGGAAUGUUUUCAGGCUAAGUAUGUUUCACUCCAUGUUAGAAAAAGUAAUAGAGCUGCUCUUAAUCUGUACACAAAUUCUCUUGGGUUCAAAAUUCUUGAAAUUGAACCAAAGUACUAUGCUGAUGGAGAAGAUGCUUAUUCUAUGAUGAGAGAUCUCAGUGCAUUUUCGACUGAAAAUAAAUCGGACAAUCAACAAACAGAGAAUUUGGAAAUCAAGUCGGAAUCAACAGUUAUAUCACAGUGUUGAGAGAUUAAAUAAUGCAUUUAAAAUUUAACCCUUUUCAUUAUUAAUACUAGACAUGAUCUUGUCCAUAAGGUUAUAUCUUCUAAAUUUGAAUAGUCAAUAAAUUGAAAGUUUGCUACAGUU